AUGCAAAAUCUCGCCAGAAUUCUCACGAUUUCCGCCGUUUUUGGCUCUGUUUCAUCGACAUUUUUCAAUGGAGGAUGUGGAUGUCCACCACCACCUCUAUGUCUUCCACCUCCACCACCAAUGUGCUUCACUGAAAUUCAAUUACCCCCAAUCCGGGUUCCAGUCAUCCCAUUGCCACGUAUUGAACUUCCACAGCCAUGUUGUCCAACCUGCGCGUGCGGCAGAAAGAAGAGAGAAAUCGACACCGGUGUUGCUGAGGACACUGUAAGCACCAAGGAUGUGUCCUGUAAUGAUGAUGGGCUUCUCGCAAUUAUGAAGAAGGAAAUGACCACCGGCGAGUCAUCCUCCGUCAAAAUCGCUUUGGUCGAGGCGGCCGAACAAGAAUUGGGCGGUCGGUUUACUGUAGUUUGUUCUCAAGGCGCAUUCUCAUUUGUCACCUCCACAACAAGCUACUGUCUUCACUCCCAGUCCGGCCUUAAUUGCUAUCUUUUUAGAACUCAAUAA